UCUUGGAGGGAAAACGUUACAUUUCACAGUCAGUUCUGUUAAGCAACUAUGGAAAUAGAAAAGGAGCACAUUUAUGUUACCCCAACAGAACUUGAGAAUCUAAGUGAUGCUCCAUUUUCUGGUGAUGAAGAAAAUGGUGGAUCUGAGGAGCGAAAGACUGAAAUCAAUGGAAACUGGAUUCCUGCAACUUCAAUUACUGAAGCCAAAAUAAAUGCUAAAGCAAAGAGACGGUUGAGGAAAAAUUCUUCUAGAGAUUCUGGGAGAGGAGACUCCGUUAGUGACAAUGGAGAGACACUGAAGAUUGGAGUUGUCAUACCAACGAGCCCUAAGGGAAAACUCCUGGACAGGCGAUCCCGAUCUGGAAAGGGAAGGGGUCUACCAAAGAAAGGUGGAGCAGGCGGUAAAGGAGUUUGGGGAACACCAGGUCAAGUGUAUGAUGUGGAAGAAGUAGAUAUUAAGGAUCCUAACUAUGAUGAUGACCAGGAGAACUGCAUCUAUGAAACAGUAGUUUUACCUCUGGAUGAAAGAGCAUUUGAAAAAACUUUAACACCAAUCAUACAGGAAUAUUUUGAACAUGGAGAUACUAACGAAGUUUCGGAGAUGCUGAAGGAUUUAAACCUUGGUGAAAUGAAAUACAGUGUGCCAGUGCUGGCUGUUUCCUUGGCAUUAGAGGGCAAGGCUAGUCACAGGGAAAUGACAUCUAAGCUUAUCUCUGACCUUUGUGGGACAGUAGUAAGCAAAACUGAUGUGGAAAAAUCAUUUGAUAGACUGCUUAAAGAACUACCUGAAUUGGUGUUGGAUUCUCCCAGAGCACCACAGUUGGUGGGCCAGUUUAUUGCUAGAGCUGUUGGAGAUGGGAUUCUAAGCAGUACCUACAUCGAUGGUUACAAAGGCACUGUGGAUUGCGUCCAAGCUCGAGCUGCGCUGGACCGAGCUACUGUGUUGCUGAGUAUGACAAAGGGUGGAAAGCGUAUUGACAAUGUGUGGGGGUCAGGAGGUGGCCAGCAGUCUGUGAAACACCUUGUUAAAGAGAUUGAUAUGUUGCUGAAAGAGUAUUUGCUUUCUGGAGAUGUACUGGAAGCUGAACGUUGUCUUCAGGAACUGGAAGUACCCCAUUUUCACCAUGAACUUGUAUAUGAAGCCAUUGUAAUGGUUUUGGAGUCAACUGGAGAAAAGACCUUUAAAAUGAUACUGGAUUUGUUGAAAUUUCUCUGGAGGUCUUCUGUGAUUACUAUGGACCAAAUGAAAAGAGGCUAUGAACGAGUUUACUGUGAAAUCCCAGAUAUUAACCUGGAUGUGCCACACUCGUAUUCUGUGCUUGAGCGGUUUGUAGAGGAAUGCUUUCAGGCUGGAAUGAUCUCCAAACCACUGAGAGACCUCUGCCCUUCAAGGGGCAGGAAGCGUUUUGUGAGCGAAGGAGAUGGAGGUCGUCUUAAGCUAGAAAGCUACUGAAUGUGAGGACCAACUCCUGAAGCCUUAAAAGUUUAAAGGGAAAAUAGGUAUCUAUAUAUAUACAAACACGCAUGCUUUUUUGGUGUGUGUAUGUAUAUAGGUAUACACAUAUAUACCAAAAUUUUAAGAGUUGCUUAGCACAGUUCAUAUUUUUUUAAAAGCACAUGUUUUGGGUACAAAUUGGUUUUUUUUAAAUAGUUUUAUAAAUUUCAGAAAGAAAACUUAUUUCUUUGGGCAUAUAGUGGAACAACUGGCCACUUUGCUAUGGUGGUGCCUUCAAAUAAGCUAUCUUCUUAAGUGCCAUAUGUUUAUGACCUUAUCAUUCCAUGUUUGCAUUGAUGCCUGACUGCCGCUCUUUCUUUCAAGGACAGUGUUGUCACCAUAAAAUCACUGGUUUAUACAAAGCUUUAUAGAAGGGUCAAGUUAAGCUGCUGUGAUCCCGUUUCCAUUGCUGCUGAAGAAAUACUGUGCUUUGGGAGGAAAAAUAGCUGUUUCUUUAUUUUAAAGAGCCCAAGAAAAUGGAGUUGGGUCAUAAAUUAGUCUGUUCCAGAGGAGAAUGCCGGUUGGUUUUUAGCGCCCGUGUACCAAACUUGUCUCUUUUUUUCUAUGUAACCGGAAAAGUGAAAAGUUGUGGUAAAGCAUAUUAAAAAUAUUUUUU